AGGCCGCUGCUAAGCUUAGUGAAGUUGGAUGGUAUAGAAUGCGAGGUGAGGUAGUAGUCUUAUUGAGUGAUUUGUCGAGUCGUUGUGUAUCUAAAGCUUCUCUGCCACUAGGUUUCCGAGGUAUAAAUGGCGAAGCUUCUCUUGAUGCAUCAUCUUGUGAUGAGGAAAUCUUGAUAUAUUUGCCUCAUAGUGGGUUUAAUAAUUAA